GGAGCCCCCCGAAGCCCCCCCCACCCCCCCAGCAGCAGCAGCAGCAGCAGCAGCAGCAGCAGGGGGGCCCCCCGACCCGCUGCUGCUGCUGGGGGCCCCCAGCAGCCAGCGCGGCAGCGGGGAGAAGUACGGAGUGCUGCUGCGGAAGAGCGGGGACUUCAGCAGCUUGCCAGCUAGCCAUCCCGCGCGGCUGCAUGCAGAAGCAGCAGCAGCAAAGCGCAGCACGCUGCAGCAGCUGCUGCUGGCCUUUUUGCUGCUGGCUGUUUACUUGGCUUCUUACUUUUACCAGAGUUGGGGCUCUGGGGCUAAGAGCCACAGGGAGCGGCAUGCUGCAGCACUGAGCCGGCUGGGGGGCCCCCCGGGGGCCCCCCAGGGGGCCCCCGGGUGGGUACUGGCCUGGCGGCUGUGGCCGGGGCUGCUGCUGGGGGCCCUUUUGUCCUUUUGCUGCUGCAUGCACCGCCUGGCCUUUGCUGUCAAGAAGCAGCAGUACCCUUUUCCGGAGGGCCUCGUGCUGCACUGGGAGCUGCUGCUGGGGGCCCCCCUGCUGCUGCUGCUGCUGGCUGCGGGGGCCCUCGCGCGGCCCGUGGCCCCCGAAGCAGCAGCAGCCUUCGCGGGGGCCCCCCGCCUGCUGCAGCUGCUGCUGCUGCACUCCGAUGCUGCUUCUUCUUACUUCCUCCUCGACGCUUUGCUGCAGGUCCCUUGGGGCUUGGUGGCCAUAGGUGUGGGGCGGCUGCUGCUGCUGCUGCUGCAGCGGCUGCGCGCGGGGCCGCGCUCGCGGCCGCCCCGCAGCAGGCUGCAGCAGCAGCUGCAGCACCUGCAGCAGCAGCAGCAGCAGCAGCAGCAGCAGCACGACGAGGACGCCUCCCCGGCCCCCAGCAGCAGCUGCUGCGGCCCCGAGGCCCCGGACCUCCACGAGGAGGACAGCAGGCGCCAGGGCUCCUACCGGGUCCGCCGCAAGAGCCGCCGCGAGAGGGGCCCCGGGGCCCCGGGGGCCCCGGGGGCCCCGGGGGCCCCGGGGGCCCCCGGGGGCCCCAGGGGCCCCAAAAAGUACCCUGCGAGCGUGUCAGUGAGCAUCAGCGAAGACCCCCACGGCAGCGCAGUGGAGGACUUGACGACAACUCCGCAAAGCAGCUUUCGGACGCGGCGGUCGGCGCGGGAGCGGCGGAAGUCGCGGCGGACGGCGGGGAAGCCGGCGGGCGAUCCGGCGGGUUCCGCGCGGCUUUCCGGGGAAUCCGCCGCGGAAAACAAGAAAAUAAAGUCGGAUUUGCAAAAAACGGAAGAAAUUGCAGCCGAAAACUCCAAAAAUGACGAAAGAUCGGCGCUUUCCGGCGAGCGCGCGCACUGA